AUGAGCAGCAAAGUCUCCCGUGACACCCUCUACGAGGCGGUAUGGGAAGUCCUGCAUGGGCACCAGCGCAAGCCCCGGAAGUUUUUGGAGAUAGUGGAGCUUCAGAUCAGCCUGAAGAACUGUGACCCUCAGAAGGACAAAUGCUUCUUGGGCACUGCCAGGCUUAAGUCCACUCCCUGCCCCAAGUUCUCCAUAUGUGUUCUGGGAGACCAGCAACAUUGUGAUGAGGCCAAGGCUGUGUAUAUCCCCCACAUGGGCAUCAAGGUGCUAAGGAAACUCAACAAGAAUAAGAAACUGGUCAAGAAGCUGGCCAAGAAGUAUGAUGCCUUUUUGGCUUCAGAGUCUCUGAUCAAGAAGAUCCCACGAAUCCUGGACCCAUGCCUGAGUAAGGCUGGUAAGUUCCCUUCCGUGAUGACCCACAAUGAGAACAUGGUGGCCAAAGUUGAUGAAGUGAAGUCCACGAUCAAGUUCCAGAUGAAGAAGGUGCUGUGUCUGGCAGUGGCUGUUGGCCACAUGCAGAUGACAGAUGAUGAGCUGUGUACAACACCCACUUAG